AUGGGUAACGGAGCCAAAGCACAGCAGAAACGCGACAGGAAGGGCGAUGCCGGCCCAAAGGAAGCAAAGAGCCAACUGAAAGCCAACGCUGCCGCCCAGACCAUCAAGUGCAAGACCUGCUUCCAGACAUUCCAGGGCACCACGAGCCGUAAGAUGCUUACCGACCACGCAACCAACAAGCACAGCAAGGACUUUGCUGUCUGCUUCAACGAAGACGAGGGUGUUGUAAAAUAA